GACGUCCCCGGGUACUCCGCCCCCUUCACCGCCGGGCUUGGCUGAGGAAGAAGCGGGGCGGGGCGAGCGAAGGGCCGGCCAGGGGGUGGGGCCUGCCUCCCACGGCGGGAAGGCGGAGCCUGCGCUAAAGCCUGCCUGGUCGGUUAGGACCUCGGAGAGCGCCAGGCGCCGCGACCAGAGGGAUUGAAGUGGCCGGAGCCCGGCCAGACCCACGCCUGUGAGCCAGCCUCCCUCCGCGCCCUAGGCUUCCCGGGCUGGCAGGCGGCGAGUGGCGUCUGAAGAAGUGUGUAAAAUGAAGAAGUUUAAUUUCCGAAAAGUUUUGGAUGGCUUAACUGCCUCCUCCCCUGGCAGUGGUAGCAGCAGUGGCAGUAACAGUGGUGGUGGGGCUGGAAGUGGUUCCGUACAUCCAGCAGGGACUGCAGGGGUUCUCAGAGAGGAAAUUCAGGAAACCCUGACUUCGGAGUAUUUCCAGAUUUGCAAGACAGUUCGGCAUGGUUUUCCUCAUCAGCCCACAGCAUUAGCCUUUGAUCCAGUUCAGAAAAUCUUGGCUAUUGGGACGAGAACAGGUGCUAUACGAAUACUCGGGAGACCUGGUGUUGAUUGCUAUUGCCAACAUGAAAGUGGUGCAGCUGUCCUACAGCUCCAAUUUUUGAUCAAUGAGGGUGCCUUGGUCAGUGCAAGUUCAGAUGAUACACUUCAUUUGUGGAACCUUAGACAAAAAAAGCCAGCUAUUCUCCAUUCUCUUAAAUUUAACCGAGAAAGAAUUACUUACUGUCAUCUACCUUUCCAGAGUAAAUGGCUUUAUGUUGGAACAGAAAGAGGAAAUACACAUAUUGUAAAUAUUGAAUCUUUCAUUCUUUCUGGAUAUGUUAUCAUGUGGAACAAGGCAAUUGAGCUAUCCACCAAGACUCAUCCAGGUCCAGUUGUACAUUUAAGUGAUAGCCCAAGAGAUGAAGGGAAACUGCUAAUAGGUUAUGAAAAUGGUACUGUAGUAUUCUGGGACUUGAAAUCUAAAAGAGCAGAACUGAGAGUUUAUUAUGAUGAGGCUAUUCAUUCAAUUGAUUGGCAUCAUGAGGGCAAACAGUUCAUGUGCAGCCAUUCAGAUGGUAGUUUGACUUUAUGGAACCUGAAAAGCCCAAGUCGCCCUUUCCAGACCACAAUUCCACAUGGAAAAAGUCAGAGAGAAGGAAGAAAAUCUGAAUCUUGUAAACCAAUUCUUAAAGUAGAAUACAAGACCUGCAAAAACAGCGAACCAUUCAUAAUAUUCUCUGGUGGGCUGUCCUAUGACAAAGCUUGUAGAAGACCAAGUUUAACCAUCAUGCAUGGAAAAGCAAUUACAGUACUUGAAAUGGAUCAUCCUAUUGUUGAAUUUCUAACUUUAUGUGAAACACCCUAUCCAAAUGAAUUUCAAGAACCCUAUGCUGUUGUAGUACUUCUGGAGAAAGAUCUUAUUGUAGUUGAUCUGACACAAAGCAAUUUUCCGAUCUUUGAAAAUCCAUAUCCCAUGGACAUUCAUGAAUCACCAGUUACAUGCACAGCAUACUUUGCUGAUUGUCCUCCGGAUUUGAUUCUAGUACUGUAUUCUAUAGGAGUCAAGCAUAAAAAACAAGGAUACAGUAAUAAGGAGUGGCCAAUUAGUGGAGGAGCUUGGAACCUUGGAGCACAAACAUAUCCAGAAAUUAUUAUUACUGGUCAUGCAGAUGGAUCAAUAAAAUUUUGGGAUGCUUCUGCAAUAACUCUGCAGAUGCUGUACAAGCUAAAAACUUCAAAAGUGUUUGAAAAACAGAAGGUAGGAGAAGGAAAACAAACAUGUGAAAUUGUAGAGGAAGAUCCAUUUGCCAUUCAGAUGAUUUACUGGUGUCCAGAGAGCAGAAUAUUCUGUGUAUCAGGAGUCUCUGCAUAUGUCAUAAUUUAUAGAUUCAGCAGAUAUGAAAUUACAACAGAAAUAGUGUCAUUAGAGGUACGACUUCAGUAUGAUGUUGAAGAUAUUAUUACCCCCGAACCAGAAACAAGUCCUCCAUUUCCAGAUCUUUCAGCCCAGCUUCCUUCUUCAAGGAGUCUUUCCGGGAGCACUAACACUGUUGCUAGUGAAGGAGUAACAAAGGACAGUAUCCCAUGCCUCAAUGUUAAGACACGGCCAGUGAGGAUGCCUCCAGGAUAUCAAGCAGAACUUGUUAUUCAAUUGGUAUGGGUAGACGGUGAACCUCCACAACAGAUUACUAGUCUUGCUGUAAGCUCAGCAUAUGGAAUAGUUGCAUUUGGAAACUGCAAUGGGUUGGCUGUGGUGGAUUUUAUACAGAAGACAGUACUGUUAAGCAUGGGGACCAUUGACUUAUAUAGAUCAAGUGACCUAUACCAGCGACAACCACGGUCUCCUCGAAAAAACAAACAGUUCAUUGCAGACAACUUUUGCAUGCGUGGCCUGUCUAACUUUUAUCCUGAUUUAACGAAACGGAUCCGUACUUCCUAUCAGAGUUUAACUGAACUGAAUGACAGUCCAGUUCCCCUAGAACUUGAGCGCUGCAAGUCUCCUACCUCAGACCAUGUAAAUGGACAUUGCACAAGUCCAACUUCCCAGAGUUGCAGUUCUGGAAAACGUCUUUCUAGUGCCGAUGUUUCGAAAGUAAAUCGCUGGGGUCCUGGAAGACCACCAUUUCGAAAGGCCCAGUCAGCAGCUUGCAUGGAGAUUUCUUUACCAGUUACAACAGAAGAAAACCGAGAAAAUUCCUAUAAUCGUUCUAGAAGCUCUAGCAUCUCCAGUAUUGACAAAGAUUCUAAAGAAGCAAUUACAGCACUAUACUUCAUGGAAUCAUUUGCACGGAAAAAUGACUCUGCCAUCUCUCCUUGUCUGUUUGUUGGAACCAGUUUGGGAAUGGUGUUAAUUAUCUCCCUCAACCUACCAUUAGCAGAUGAACAAAGGUUUACAGAGCCGGUUGUUGUAUUGCCAAGUGGUACAUUCCUCUCAUUGAAAGGAGCUGUGCUAACAUUCUCCUGUAUGGACCGAACUGGCGGAUUAAUGCAACCUCCAUAUGAAGUUUGGAGGGAUCCAAACAACAUAGAUGAAAAUGAAAAAUCUUGGAGAAGGAAAGUGGUAAUGAACUCAUCAUCUGCAUCCCAAGAAAUAGGAGAUCAUCAAUAUACAAUAAUCUGCUCAGAAAAACAAGCCAAAGUCUUCUCACUGCCCUCUCAGACUUGCCUUUAUGUUCAUAACAUCACGGAGACAUCUUUUAUACUGCAAGCAAAUGUGGUGGUCAUGUGUAACAGUGCCUGCUUGGCCUGCUUUUGUGCUAAUGGACAUAUCAUGAUAAUGAGCCUACCUAGUCUUCGCCCAAUGUUGGAUGUUAAUUAUUUGCCACUGACAGAUAUGAGGAUAGCACGAACAUUUUGUUUUACCAAUGAAGGACAGGCAUUAUACCUCGUCUCUCCUACUGAAAUUCAGCGGUUAACAUACAGCCAAGAAAUGUGUGAUAAUCUACAGGACAUGCUAGGAGAUUUGUUUACUCCCAUAGAGACACCAGAAGCUCAAAACAGAGGCUUUCUCAAGGGACUGUUUGGAGGAAGUGGACAAACGUUUGACAGAGAAGAGCUCUUUGGGGAAGCUUCAGCAGGAAAAGCAUCCCGCAGCCUUGCGCAACACAUUCCUGGACCAGGUAGUAUAGAAGGGAUGAAAGGCGCUGCUGGAGGGGUGAUGGGAGAGCUGACCCGUGCACGAAUUGCACUUGACGAAAGAGGACAGAGGCUAGGAGAGCUGGAAGAGAAAACUGCAGGCAUGAUGACCAGUGCAGAAGCAUUUUCCAAACAUGCACAUGAGUUAAUGCUGAAAUACAAGGAUAAGAAAUGGUACCAAUUCUAAACUUCUAAAGAAGCUGUGACUGCUUUGAGAAACAAUAUUCAGGGAAACCAAAUUUAUUCCCAGCAUCACUAUUCAACUGCUAGAAGCCAGUUUCUUCUACAAAAUGUUCCAUUUACAGUCAAUCUGAAAUUAUCUUAAAGGAGAUGUAUCAGAGACACUAUACAACCCAAAGGCUGGAGCCCUGGUUAAAAUCCCAAGAUAUGGCUGAUUUUGCCUUUUCCCAUGUGGAAUGGAGCUAUCAUCUUGGCAUGUCAUUCGAUAAGGAUUUAUAUUUAGGAACUAAGGGGAGUCCUCUUGAUUUGAAAAUUCCUGUACAAACAAAAGCAUUAAUGCACUUAAUGAAAAAAAUCUUUGCAUGAUAAAUUAACAUCUUAAGAGGAAAAGAAAAAAAAGCAUGUUGUGACAGAAGAAAAAAAGAUUCAUGGUAAACUAUUUCUAUUAAUUGGGCCACAUUCAACAAUUUUAAAAAUCUGCAUUUGAAGAUAUCAGUGCAUUUCAAAUAUAUUUGCCAUACCCAACUGAAAAGGAAAACAAAACAAAACAAGAACCCAGAGUUUUCUCAUCUGUAACUUUCAUUGUACUAGAACAUUAUUGAAUUCUUAUGGCAAGAGUCUGAUCAAUGUUCUCUCUCCAUGUUUUACAUCAUUCAGAGUUCUCAGUCAUAAUCAAAUAUUGCCAGCCAGUAUAGUAAGUUAUUUCCAACACAAUUAUUUUCAUUUCUAUCACCUUCAGAAUGGGUUGCUGUUUUUAGCACAAACCAUGAAAGGUUGGGUCACCUCAAAGCAUUUUCUUUAGCCUGGCUUGUAUUCUACAGGGAAGUUGGUAGUAGGUUUGGGGAAACUAUAGGAAUAAUAGGGUUAGCUAUGAGAACUGACUUCACAAAAAGUGAAAUUUCACAUAUCCCAAUUUCAGUUUCUAAAGUGAUAUAUUUUUAAAGUUUAAUUUAUAUCCUUGUCUGCCUGUUACACAGUAUAUUACUGUUCAAACCCAGUAAGGUCUGUAACCUGAAAGUGCUUUUGCAGCCUGACAUUCACAAACCAAACUGGUCAUUCUCUUUAGUGUGAUUCAGUAAAACCUCAGUUAAUAUUUUGAGAAAGGGAUUCUGAUUUAUGACAUUUCUGAUUUACAAGGGCUUUCAUUAGAAAAUACCUUUUGGUUCAAUACUUACCCCUGGAUAUUUUUAUAAAAUAUAGUGAUGUGUUUGCUAUCUUGGCCUCACUCAUCAUUACAGACAACAGAAAUACAUAAAGAGUUUAAUGAUAUAAAAUCAAUUAUUUUGUCACUAGGUCAAAUAAUAUAAGCCAUCAGAUUAUGUCAAUAGAUGCCAAACACCUGUCCCUUGUUAAAAACUCUUUUAAAGCUGGAAUAAAGAAUAUCCUUAACAUGAUACAAGGUAUCUAUCUUAACUCACCAGAAAAGCACUAGCGUCAAAACAAAAUAAAGGCAUCUACUACCAUUUAACAUGAUUCUGGAAGCUAAAAGUUAUAGGAAUGUAUAUGUACAUAUUCAGGACGCAUCCUGUAAUAUGUUGUUCCUUCAAAAAUGUUUAAUUAUGGUUUUGGCUUAUUGAAUUUUUGUUAAUCAAGGUCUUAUUGGAUUUACAUUUAUGUUUCUGAAGACUUCGCCGUUUUUCUGGAUUUCAGCUAAUUUUAAUAGCCAAAAAUGGUAUUUUUAUUUCCUUUUUAGUGUAAUUUUUUGCUAGAAAUAGUAGUUUCUAGCAAAUGUUUCUAGUAGUACAAUGUUCUCAGUAAUUUUGGGGAGAAAAAAGAUGAGUGAAAGAGUUAUAUAAUGUACACUAGGACAGCAUUUCUCAGAGUCCGUGAAUCCACUUGUUAAAAAAGCCUCUCUGUGAAUCUCCCAGUCUCCUGAGAGAUUAGGCAAAUUAAGCUUUAUUGUGCAGCCUUACAGUCACAGAAUCUGACUUGGAAACACAGACAUUACAUGACUUUAUCAUUUAUAAAAUUAUAAAAUUAUAUGGUAGAAAUAUUAAAGAAACUUAAGAUUGGGGUCUAGAAAAUGCUGGUGGCCAAAUUGUAUAUAUUAUUUGUACCAUCAGUUUCAAGGACUUAGUUUUCUGAUUUUUAGAACAAAUACUUUACCAUUUCUGUAUUUUAAAAAAAACUAAAGGAGUAAAAUAUUCAUUUAUUUUAGAAAUAAUGAAACUCAGUCCAAAGUAGCAUUACAUUUGAUGAGUAUCUCUGAAGCCCUCAAUAAGAUUUAACUUGUUUUAACUUGUUCUACAUUGAGAUUUCUCAAUAGUGGCACUAUUAGCAGAAAGUCUUUGUUGUGGGAAACUGUCCUGUGUAUUGCAGGAUGUUAGUGACAUCCCUGGCCUCUGUCUACUAGAUGCCAGUAGGAACCUCCUAGUAAUGACAAUCAAAAUGUCUCCAGCCAUUGCCAAAAUUUAUCCCUGUUUACAGCCACUAUUCUACAUCAUAUAAAGAGGUAGAUUGUGUGAAUAUGUAAUAAAUGUUGUUGUAUAAAUCUGUACAAUAAGUAUACAAUGUCUUAGCAAGAUAAAUUAUUAUACCCAAAAUUACACAUGUGGUUCACAUGCAAUAAAAUAGAAUUUUGAAGAAAGCUUAUAUGAAUCAGUGAAAAAUAACAACUACAGAAUAUUUUAAGACACACAGAGAAAAUAUCAAAAAGGACAUUAUAGCAUUUCACAGUAGAAGUGCCUAAAACUUUGGCUUCAGUGAAUAGAUCAAAAGUUUAUAAUUAACAUGCCAAUUGGAAGUAAAUAGGUGUUUCUAAAAUGCUUGAAAAGAAAAGGUUCUUUGAAGUCGUUCAAACAUGUCUUUCAAAAUUGUUUUUAUAAGCCCUUCCUUAACAUUAAGGGUAACUUCAUCUCACAAACUCCUGGUUAUUGGAAUCCAAAUUAAUGAGGUUUUACUGUAUCAAAAUUAUUUUUAUAAUUCAAAGAGAUAGCAAUAACAAGAAUCUAACGUGGAUGUGAUUUUUCUCUUUGAACAUUUCUGUUCUGUUGCACUGACCUUAGCAUACACACACGCGCAUACACACACACACCCCCCAUCACAAUUACCAUCACCAUCACUAUCACCAUCACCACCACCGCUACCAUCAUUAUCUUAUCCUCAUCUUUGGAAAAUGAGUAUUGUUGAUCCACGUAGUCCUUUGCAUCGUCUCAUCUUUACUAUCUUCCUUCUAUUUUGGAACAUAAGAAAAAUACUCCUAAUAACUUGGACAAUGAUACAGAAAGUGACCCUGAGCCUUAGUUAUCAUCAAAACUACACUCUAUCUGCUAAAGCAACAUCCGAAGAUAAGGCUUGCAAACCACAGUCCCAACAAGUUGACCUUGUCUCCCUGAGUCCUUCAAGAGAUAAGCCCUUUUUAGUGUCACAGCAGAAAAUGGGCCUUUUCAUUCUAUUCAUCAAUGAGAAGCUAGGAGUAUUUGUUUCCCUGAUAGUAACAUGGGCAAUAAUCCCUACCUUAAAAUCAUCCAUUAAUCUGGGAGUUUGGAGGGAGGGAUGAUUGAUUUGUCAUUUGUUUUAUUCACCUACAAAGCAGUACUACUGACUUUGCUUCUUACACUUUACUGAGCCCCAGAUCUUAGAGCCCCAAUCACUGUCAAGAUCAUGUUUGACUGCAACUUUGGAAGGACAGUGACAGAACUGAAUGAGAUGUUUUCCAAUGAUUCAGUCACAAAGACAAUUUUUUCAAAUCUUUUGAAAGUGAUUCUCAAAUUAAUAAAUCAAAAUCCAACUCCUUUCCCUCAAAGUUUUUAGAGAUCUUAAAGGAAAAAGUUUACUGUUGGAGUGCUUUUUAUGUGACCCAUGUACCAGUUUUAAAGGUGCCAUCUAUACUUUAUCUACAUUAAGGGAACACCAUGACUUUAAGAGAAAAAAGAAUCAGAUUAGGCCUAAGAUUGGUUGAAGAAGAUUAAAAGAGAUUCUUAUAUUCAAGCAGAAGGGAAAAAUGAAGCCAAUCUAGAAAAGUAAGCUAAAAAUUAUCCCCUUGGCUUAGGAUCACUGGAACAAACUGGGAGUAUAUCUGUGUGAUUACAACCUGCCACUAUGAGAAAAAAGAACUGUAACCUGAACAUGUUGGCUCACAGAGAGCAAUGCCAAAAGAAUUCAAAACAUUCAUGACAGGUCUCGGUCUUUGUGUCAGGAGAAACAUGGUAGCUUUCACAGCUUCUUCACCUCUGUCCUCUGUCACGCAACUCCAUUUUUGUCUGGAUACUAUUUCACAUACACACCGUACUGGGUGCCAGAAAUACUUGUGGUAUACUUGGUUUGAGCAGAAUCUCUAGUAUACACAUCCCAGGGAACAUGGUUGUCAACAUAACAAGUUUAGUGUGUGUAUUUGUAGACAAUAUAGCCCUAAAAGCAUGAAAUAUAGAAUAGGUAAGGUCUGUCUUGGGAAAGGAGGAGGAAGUACCAAUUUGGUGCAAGAAGAUUUUGGUAAGAAAGGACAUGGGGGACACAGUUAAGUGAAAGAGGCUUUGAGGAAUCAGAUGCACAUAUGGAUGAUUUUAUUUACAUAUUUAUCUAGAGGAGUGAUUCUCAACCUUGGCUGUACAUAAGAAUCACCUCAGGAAACUGUAAAAUUCCCAAUCAUAUUAAAAUCCUUUGAAGUGGGAGCCAGACACCAAUGUCUGUGAAAGCCUCCAAGGUGGUUCUAAUGUCCAGCUAAAGUUGAUUAUCACUGUUUUAUGACCACCUAAGGAAAACUUGUUUGUCUGCCUUGGCUGUUAUUGCAGCCCCAGUUCUGAGUGGUCAGGGAAGGCUAGUUGUAAGAUAUAGUAAAGGUAUUUAUUCUGUAUGUCUCACAGAACAAAAGUAUGUGAGAAUUUCUGACCAGAUAGCUCUCUAUUAAAUCUUAAUAACCAUCUUUGUGAUAUUCUCCCAUGUGACUUGUCCAUCAGUUAUUCCAGCUGAAAUGUCUAGUUUUUUUUUCAAUUGUCUUAUACAUGUGCCAUCACAAGAUACCAGAAGUAGCACAGUAAAUUCGACAGCAUUAUAAAGCUAAGUGGAAAACUAAUUCUGCAUAUUUAGACAGUGGAAAUUCUCAAAACAAUCAUUUGCUAAAUCAGGUCCAAAUUUAUUUUUCAUUCUUCUUCUGGAGGAGACAUGGGUACCAGGUAUCUGUUCUGCUAUAGGUAUAUUUCACUAGACUUGGUCUUAGCAAAAAGGAAGAACAAAUCUUCCUUUUUUAUUAUCUCAGUCAAAAGCUCCCAGGACCACUUGGAUUUAUUUUCUUAGUCUUUGGACAUGUGUUUAAGGGAAAAGAAUAACUGUAACUUCCUAUAUGACAUCCAGUGCCCUGAAAGAGUGCUUACUCCCUCAAAAAAGGAGAGUCCAGCCUAUCAAAGGCAGUAACAUAUAAUGAGAAUUUAGAGUUAUCUCCUCUCAUACUGCUUUCCCUCUGCUAUUGGCCCACCCUUCUUGACUGCAAAGCCAGAAAGUAAACUAGGUUGUGGUUUUGGACAAUUGUACACAGGAUCAGAAUCUCUAAUAACGUAUAAUUUUUAGUACUUAAUUAUGUGAUGUUUUAUUCUAGGAAAUAAGAAACAAAUGACAUCAUUGAUGUAUCUUUCUUUCAUCUUCAGAAUUUUUGCAUCUUUUCAGAAAACGACAAAUUACUAUUUUUCUGUUGCACUCAGCAAUUGUGACUAUACUUAACAAAAUUCUUGUAGUCUGUAGAGAUAUCAAUAAAAUUGUAUAUGUUUGUACAUA